AUGUCGCUCCAGACCUCUCUCUAUCACGCGGAUUCGGAUGCGGAUGAUGAAUACGAACGCAGCGUCAUCACCUCUCCGCACCUUCAAACCGACUCGGAAGCGUCUCCCACCGACUCCGACAUUGCUUCGUCGCAACAUACCCCGACUCGGUUUGGAAGCGAGGGACCGCGCACGCCCCGAUCGGUCAUCUCCGACUGGACAGCCGACGACUGCGUGGACUUUCUGACUUCCCUGGGACUGCUUCAAUAUUGCGGCACCUUCCGAGAGAAUGGGAUCGUUGGUGAGGCGCUCAUCGCCCUCCGCCACGAGGAGUUGAAGGAGAUGGGGAUCAACAGCGUGGGCCACCGUCUCACCAUCCUGAAGAGUGUCUAUGAAAUCAAGGUCCGGCAACACGUACCUCUUGAUGUGGACCAUUACAUUCCCUUGUCUGCUGAUCAGAGCAUGAACGAGAAUGCCACACAAGAGGACAUUGCUCGCUUGAUCCAGUCGAUCCAGCGCCGCGAUGAGAGGAUCCUCUCGGUAGAGGCUGAAAUGCAUCGACUGGCAGAGGACUACAGGCGGUUGCGAGAGGAAAUCCUGCCGCUCAUCAAGACGGUCAAGGAUCGAUCGCAACCUCUGCCGCCUCCAUCGAGCCACGGAACAUCCUCAGAUAGCUAUCACGAUAGCACCACGCUCACCUCACCUUCCCUUCUCAACUUGGGGGAUAAUUCCACCAGCUCAAAGUUGCACCGGGCUUUCUCCAAGCGCGCCUACGGCGGUGGGACCACGCCCAAGACAAGCUCGCCCACCCACAUUCCGCCGUCCGUCUACGAAGGUCGCAACUAUCACGACCACCACAGCCACGACCCCUCCGCCACCGCCACGGCCGCUUCAUCUCACCUGUCCGCCUCCGUGACCAAUGGCCUGCAGCACUCGCCCGGCAUUCCCUCACCCACCUCUCCCAACACACACAUCUCUCAACACCAGACCCUCAACCCACGAUCCUAUACGCAGCCGGGCUCAGUGGGUCGAAAUAUGCAUGAUCACCCCGAGGAUCUGCCACAACGCUCUGCCUCCCGGGCUGAUCGGCACGGACCCAGUCCGCAGCCCUCGCGCACGGAGACCCCGUCUGGAUCGCGUGAUUCUGCUGCUCCGCCGGGACAGCCUUCCAGCGUGGAGAUCUUCAAGUCAUUUCGGGUCUCCUGGGAUGACCCUUGUUACAAAGUCCUGCCGGCCGCGUUGAAAAAGUACAACAUCCACCACGAUCCGAAACUCUAUGCCCUCUACAUCGUCUACGGUGACCAGGAAAGAUGUCUGGCCCUAGACGAGAAGCCCCUGAUCCUCUUCAAGCAACUCGAAAAAGAAGGGCGCAAGCCCAUGUUCAUGUUGCGAAAAAUCACCCAGCCAGACAAUUUACAUCCUGGCUCGGCACCAAACAGCGCGGGAUUCGAAGGUGGACGUCCCCAAGCGCAAAUCAAUCUACCAGGAGGAGUCUUGUGA